AAAUAAAAACGGAUCUGAAGUCAAUAUCGCGUUAUUUUGGCCUAAUUCAACGUUUCUACUUCGGAAUGGAAAGCUGAUCCUAUAUAAUUUGCCUACGAGAAACGCCAUUGAUCCUUCAUUACGUGGUCUGGUGACAACAGCUGUAAAUCCUACCAGCUCUCAUGUCCCUGCUAGAUAAAUGAAAAUACAUUACACAAUUAAAUUAAGGUAGUGAAAAAUAAAGUUAAAGAAAAAAAUGCUUUCUCGUUUAUUGAAGGAGCAUCAUGCAAAGCAAAACGAGAGAAAAGAACUCCAAGAGAGACGCAGACGAGAGGCAAUUGCAGCUGCCACCUGUCUAACAGAAGCCUUAGUGGAUCACCUUAAUGUUGGGGUGGCCCAGGCGUACGUGAACCAGAGGAAGCUGGACCAUGAGGUGAAGACGCUACAGGUGCAGGCCGGCCAGUUCUCCAAGCAGACCGCUCAGUGGAUCAGUAUGGUGGAAGGAUUUAACCAAGCCCUGAAGAUCUGCAGUGGAAGAUGGCCGAGCUACAGUGACGAAAUCGGUGACGUGGAGAACUGGGCUCGCAGCAUUGAGGUGGACAUGAGAACCAUCGCCACAGCUCUGGAGUACGUACACAAGGGUCAGCUCACAUCAGCCUCUUCAUAGUUACGCUGAACCGUAACCUAGAACUGAUAGCCUGCUGCUAGCUUCAGUAGCCUGAUAGCCUGCUGCUAGCUUCAGUAGCCUGAUAGCCUGCUGCUAGCUUCAGUAGCCUGAUAGCCUGCUGCUAGCUUCAGUAGCCUGAUAGCCUGCUGCUAGCUUCAGUAGCCUGAUAGCCUGCUGCUAGCUUCAGUAAGCCUGAUAGCCUGCUGCUAGCUUCAGUAGCCUGAUAGCCUGCUGCUAGCUUCAGUAGCCUGAUAGCCUGCUGCUAGCUUCAGUAGCCUGAUAGCCUGCUGCUAGCUUCAGUAGCCUGAUAGCCUGCUGCUAGCUUCAGUAGCCUGAUAGCCUGCUGCUAGCUUCAGUAGCCUGAUAGCCUGCUGCUAGCUUCAGUAGCCUGAUAGCCUGCUGCUAGCUUCAGUAGCCUGCUGCUAGCUUCAGUAGCCUGCUGCUAGCUUCAGUAGCCUGCUGCUAGCUUCAGUAGCCUGCUGCUAGCUUCAGUAGCCUGAUGCUAGCUUCAGUAGCCUGCUGCUAGCUUCAGUAGCCUGCUGCUAGCUUCAGUAGCCUGCUGCUAGCUUCAGUAGCCUGCUGCUGCUAGCUUUCACUGUGAAAGAGUGGUUGACUUACCACGGAUACCAGGAUUCUGGUUUAAAAAAAACAACUAAAAGCUGAUGAACCAUCUGAAAAGUUGAUUCAAGGCUUCAGUAAUGACUAAGGCUUUAAGGCUUGCCCAGUGUUCACGAGUGACACAUUGUGUUACAGUAGGAACAGUAUGUCUGUGGACAAAUAAACCUUUUUUUUUAACAGAGCGCCUAUGACCCAUCUGCAAUGUUGUUUUGUCCUCAACCCUUUAAUUGUUAAAGGUCUGUACCAAAAUAUAUGAACUGUCGUGGAAAUAUCGGGAACUAAUUGUCCACAGACCAGGUAUAAUGGGCAACAACUUCAGGUGGGUUCCAUGUGAAUUUAGCAACACUCCUAAUAAUGAUUUGGCUGUUUGUCCAAACAUUGUUUCCUCGUGUGUAGGAGAACAAGACGAAGCAUAUGUAUCUAAACCAUUGUAUGGGCAAUGCAAUGUUUUAACUAAUCUUCUUCGGCAAAGGUCAAUAGGUCAGAUUGGUUUUAGUCUCUCUCUCUGGGGUACCAGUUAGUCAUUCUCUGAAGUUAUUCCAUUUUCCUAUUCCCAUGACGAUGAAUAGGAUGUUGAAAAUGUGGAUUAGCUAGCGAGACGUCGGAACAAAAGAGGUCUGUUUGUGAAAUAGUACCAUGGAGAAAUAGGAUUUAUUGGCUUGUAAUUGGUCGCCUGUUUAGAAGGGGAGACUUGUCUGGUAACUGCCAUCUCUCCUGGAUGACUAAAACUACGUAGUCUGGUUAAACCAGACUGAACGAUGCGUUCACCAGUGACUUCCGUCUGGGUUAAACAGGUGGUAUCUCUACCCUGUUUUUAAUAAAAGUGACAUUAAGUCUCUUGCUUCUUGAAAAACCUUUGGGUCAUGCAUGUUCAAUUAAUCGUUCUCUCUCUCACGGUGUAUUUGUAGCCUGAGUGCCAGUCAGCUUCUGCUAUCGUACCGACUCAUUGUCACGCUAAACACAUUUAACCGCAAUGGAGUUGACGAGAGCACAAAGGGAUCUCGGGGAACCAGGCUAUACGUGUCAAAUGCUCGUCUUUUAACUCUGUUUUGAUGUGACGUUUCUCUAUUCUUGAAUAAAGACAUUUUAAAGUCA